CCUUUGAACUGCGCAUCUCUGCUCGUGAUUGAGAAAACCUACACCAUCCUAGCGUAGGAGUCGGAGAGAGGGGCUCCAUGAUAAAUGCUGUGAGGUUCGGAGGCUAGAGGCAGUGUAGCAGAGGUCUCGGAGCCGAAAUGAGGACGCUGGCUUUUAUGUUAUGGGUGGCGCUUGCUUUUGCAGCGUCCAUCGCUUUACCUGUUAAAGACACAGAAUUAGCUGAUGUAUCCCGUGAAAAACGAUCACCUACCGGAUGGCACUCGGAGCCUGAGGGCGUCUGGGAGAAGAAACUAGUGUGGAAGGAAGAUUGGAAACAGGUCUGGAAAACUGAAAAGAAACUCGUCUGGAAAACUGAGUGGAAGAAAGAGAAAGUACCCGCCUGGAAAACUGAACAAGUCCAACAGUGGAAGGAAGAGCAAGUCCCCGCGUGGAAAGUUGUGCAGAAACCAAUCUGGAAGGAAGUUCAAGUGCCCAUUUGGAAGGAAGUGCAAGUUCCCGACUGGAAGAAAGUCUGGAAACCAGUAUGGAAGGAAGUCCAGGUUCCUGUGACGAAAGCUGUUCAAGUUCCCGAGUGGAAACAAAACUUCGUUCCCGAAUGGGUCAAGGAAGGCGUACCUGGGGAAAAAUAUUUAGGUAAGGACGACCACGGUUGGGAAUAUACCAGUCACGAUUUAUGGAGGAAGAAACUCAUAUGGAAACCAGUGUGGAAGAAGGUGUGGAAAACCGUGCACAAACAAGAGUGGGUCACCGAAAAGAAAUUGGAAUGGAAAGAAGAAUGGAAACAAAUCUGGAGAACGGAGAAGAAACAGGCUUGGGUAACAGAAAAGAAACAGGAAUGGGUUGAAGAAAAGGUUCAAGUUUGGAAGACCAUCAAGAAGGAAGUCUGGGUGCCUGUACAGAAGAAAAUCUGGGUGGAAAAGUCCAAGGAGGUUCAAGUACCAGUCUGGAAAACAAUUGAGGUGCCCGCUUGGAAAAAGGUAUGGAAACCAGUAUGGCAAAAAGUGUGGGUUCCCGUACAUCACGAUCAUCACGAACACCACGGAUGGGACUAAAAUUAGGUAGGAACCAAGCAGUUCUGUACAUAUAGAGUUAUGCCAAACAUAGUCAUUUGUUAACUAAUUGUUACCAUUACCAAGGUUUUGUUUAAAUUGUAUAGUUUUCAAUGCCCAAUGCCACCGGUAUUUUUUUGUAUGCUAAAAACUCUAGUAAGGUGGUUGCACACAUUGUUGCAGCGUAACGACUAUUAUACACCGAUACUAAACAAUAUUAUUACAGGUUUUCGUAUACAUAUUAAACACGGUUGUAAAGCUUGCAGUUACGUGUGUAUCCACCUUUAGCGUACGCAAAGGUGAAUGGAUUUGUUCCUGACUUCGAAACAUUUUCGCUCUAAGUUUACGCGACUAAGGUUUGUGGUCAUACAUUCUAACGUAUGAAGUAAUAGCGUUAUCCAUCUCCCUAUUGUUAUACUUGUAAUAGCGAAUUUUAUUGCGAAUGCGAUGUAUUUAGCUUUGCGUGCGCCUAGAGAUUUGAUAACCAAAGUAAUAUAUUUCUGAAUUCGAUACAAUAGCUAAUGAUUGUAAUUUUUUUGGAUAUUCGGCAUUGAGUCGAUCCGUUUAUUUAAGGAUUUACGUAACACGUUUUAAGCUGUAUAUAUGUUUUAGUCACUAAUAGAAGAUUCUACCGCCACUAUUCAAUUUACGUGCAUGUAAAUUUGAUCGUGGCAUCCCUAUCAUGUAAAUCAAUUAACAUUUUUUUUAUGGAGGCUAAAUUAAUAUCUGCUAAUUCUGAUAAAAAAAUUCUGUAUUAUAUCAAUGCCUUACAUGACUAUAGACGAAUGGUCAUUAUAUUUUUGUUUUUUGCAUGUCCAUAUUUUGUAUUUAAUACUUAAUAUUGGAGAUACCACCUAAAUGUUUCGUCAUUUUACGUUUGUCAAAUUUUAUCUUUUGUCAAAGAUUUUUAUUUUUUAUCAUAUUGAUAAUUUUACCAAAAAAUGUACGUAUCUUUCUAUAAUAUCUUAUUUGUCGACAUUGUCGUGCUGUUAAGUACAAUUAGUAACAAAACGUACUCUUUGAGAUUUUAAAAUAUAAUAUAUGAAGUUUAAAUA